GGUGGGGUAGACAAAGCUUGCUAUGGUAUUUGCGACUGAUGCUGCAUAGCAAUGAGCUCAGCUGCUUCUGGUGCUGCCGCUGAGUUACAUUACCCUGGCUAUGUGUGCAGUGUGGGUGGUGAAGGAGAGGGAGCAGGGGGCACAAUGUGGAUUGACACGAGGGUAAGUAAGAUCAGAGCAGAGGAGCUGAAGCUCAAGGAGAGCAACGGGCAGCACGGCUGCGGCAAUAGGAUGGAGUGGGAGCAGGUGCACGCUUGCCAGAAGAGCCAGAAUGGGGAACAACAGAAAGCGGUGGAAGGGAGGGAGGGAAGGAGGGGGAAUGGAAGCAGCAGCUGCAACUGCUGGAGCAAGGCGAUAGCUCAAAAGGGCAGAUUUGACGAGGAAGGAGGAGGGAGAGGAGGAGAGGGCGGCGGAGGAGGAGGAGGUGUGGGUACCUGAGGAGAAAAGAAUGACAUGCCUCAAG